GAGUCACGUGGUGACGAGUGUAUGAUUGGUGUUCGAAUAGCACGAGAAAUCAGUUCUAGCCCGUCUUCUUACAAAGACGCAUCUAUCAUGGACGAAUACGGGGAUGCCGGUAUAAGUUCCGAGGUCCAGCAAAUAAUUAGCUCCGAAGUUAAAAAAGCAGUGGAAUCGUCCCAAAAUCAAAUUUUAAGCAGCAUGAAGACUCUGAUAGACAGCAAUUUCAAGAAUUUUCAAUCGUCUAUGGAAACAACACAGAAGGAACUCUCGUCAUCGCAGUUAGCGAAAAUAGAGGAGAACAUUUUUGGUAGUUAUAAGUUUAAACGUCAUGGAAACGAAGCGCAGUACCGGGGAAACGCACAGGUCAUCACUAAGCUGAGGGAAGCAGACGCCAGUUUGGACAGCGCCAACCUUGGCGUUGAAAACAUAAACACCGCCCGGACAAAGAUUGGUGAAGGUAUUGAACUUUUGAAUGAGAGACAGAAAUUGAUAAAAAUAGCUGAUUCUAGUCCUUUAGGGUGGAAGGUAGUAGCUGAAUACCAAGCUAAUCCCAUCGCUGACGAUUCUGACGAUGAAAAAAGAAUAAACAAGGCGCAAAAUAAAGCAGAGAAAAAGGACAAACAACAAAAGGCACAGCGGAAAUCAACAAACGACUAUUCAAGGCCACACCCAUACAAGAAAGACAACUCUAGGUCACCUACGGUCAAGCCAGGGACGUGCUAUCGAUGCGGGUUUAAAGGUCACUGGGCGAGAGACUGUAGAAGGAAGCUCAACGAUUCGGCAGAGAUAAGUAUUGUUACAUGUAAUACCUUCAGAAAUUCAGAUAACAAUUCAGUUUCAGAACAAAGCUAUUCGAAUUCACGCCUGUCGACGUCGGUCACGGACGAGUGCACUACUAACCAGGUAAGCCCUGUCGGGCAUUUAAAUAGCUGUUUAUCAAGGUGGGUUGAAACAGGUGUGGACAAUUACAUUAGAGAUAUAAUUUCUCAUGGAUAUAAAAUUCCUUUUAAAACAAUUCCAGAAAGUGUCGAUAUAAAAAACAAUAGAUCCUCAUUAGAAAAUGUAGAAUUUGUUUCGUCAGAAAUCGAGUCUUUGUUGGCAAAAAAUUGCAUUUCAGAGGUGAGUACUAAGCCAAGUGUGGUCAAUCCGCUUACUGUUGCAUAUAACAGAUCAGGUAAGUCUAGGUUAGUCCUAGACUGUAGACAUGUGAAUUUUCAUUUGCCUAAAUAUAGGUAUAGAUAUGAGGACGCUGAAGUAGCAAGAGACGUGUUUAAUAUCGGUGAUUUUGUUUUCACAUUUGAUCUUAAGUCAGCAUACCAUCAUAUUUCUAUAUUUGCAGAACACAGGCAGUAUCUGGGCUUUAGCUGGAAUAUCAAUGGUCGGCAAAAGUACUAUGUAUUCAAUGUUCUGCCUUUUGGUUUAUCUACAGCUGGUUACAUUUUUUCAAAAGUUACUAGGCAUUUUGUUAAGUACAUGAGGUCCAAUAAUGUCAAAAUUGUCAUGUAUUUGGAUGACGGUUUGGGAGGCAGUUCUUCACAGUCGGACGCUUUUAGAGUCAGUUGUUUUGUCAGGGAUGAUUUACAAAAGUUUGGAUUUUUGUUAGCUCAUGAAAAAUGUCAGUGGUUUCCGUCUCAAAACGUGAAUUGGUUAGGUUUAGAAUGGGAUUUUCAGAAUGGUUUUGUCAGGGUGUCUCGGGAGAGGAUAAGUAGGACAAUGUCUUUAGCAGCUGUUUAG